GGAGUCGCGGCCCCGCGGGAGCAGGAGCUGAGCGGAGCUGAGCUGCGGGCGCGGAUGCUGGAGGUGCACAUCCCGUCGGUGGGGCCCGAGGCCGAGGGGCCCCGGCAGAGCCCCGACAAAGGCCACAUGUUAUCGGUGUUGGAUAGGACAGAGAGAAAUGGAGAGAGGAGGGGAAGACAGAGAGGGGGAGAGAAAGACAGACAACCCUAACCUGCAGACCUGCUUCACCACCAGUGAAGCGACGCCACUGCAGGUGUUCCGAGUGGAGGUGCGCUGUGGCGGGCGCAGACACACCGUGUGGAGGCGCUACAGCGAGUUCCAUGCGCUGCACAAGCGGAUCAAGAAAAGGUGCCGGGUGCCCGACUUCCCCUCCAAGCGCCUGGCCAACUGGAGGAGCCGCGGGGCGGAGCAGAAGCGGCUGGGCCUGGAGGCCUACGUGCAGGGAGUCCUGUACUUGAACCAGGAUGUGCCCAAGGAACUGUUGGAGUUCCUGAGUCUUCGGCAGCCCCCCACGGUCCCCAAGGGCAGCGGCUGGGGUUCGCAGCUGCUGCACCGGCCUGUCCUCAGUUUCUGCGGAGACCCUUACCUGUGUCCCCCCUCCCCAGAGGCCCUGCCCAGCGUGGUGGUGACUGGCGUGCUGCAGGGCCUGUAUGACUUCAGCUGCGACCCCGAUGGAGCCUGGGGUCACCCCGCUCUGCAGCCCCCGGUGGCCUGCCCAGCCCCGGCCAUCAGCUUUGCCCUCUGAGCCCGAGGAAGGGACCCAGGGACCCGGGCCGGGCGCUUCCCAGCCAGAGCUCUGAGGGAAGGGCCGUGCAGAGAGCAUCCGGGACAACCAGACCCAGGGGACUGAGCUCAAGGAGGGCCGAGCACCUCCUGCCUGAGCCCCAGAAUCAGCCCACAGGCAGGUUAUAAAAAAACCCACCUUGGUUUUUAUUGGGUGCCACUGGUGGCCGCUUAUAAAAUGGCAGGAGGGCGGCGGGCUUCAGACUGUGCAGGGCGGGUCCAGCCGGCCUCCAGAUGCCGCCAGAGGGCAGUUCGGUGCCCUGCAGGGGCCGUCUACACCCAGGGCCGCGUGGACGGUGGCUCGGGGAUGGGGACCAGUCCCGUCUACUCCUUGGCGAUGGCAAAGGGCUUCUCCACCUCGAUCUUG